AUGCCAGUGCUCUCAGGAGACUCAGGAUUGCAUGAAACUUUGGCCCUUUUGACAUCUCAGCUAAGACCUGAUUCAAAUCAUAAAGAGGAAAUGGGAUUCCUUAGGGAUGUCUUCAGUGAGAAGAGUCUCAGCUACCUGAUGAAGAUUCAUGAAAAACUCCGUCAUUAUGAAAGGCAGAGUCCAACUCCUGUUUUACAUAGUGCAGCAGGAUUAGUUGAAGAUGUAAUAGAAGAGUUGCAGACUGCACCAGUGACUAAUGAAGAAAAAGAGCUACUUCAGCUGUUGUCAACACCACACCUGAAGGCAAUGCUUAUAGUGCAUGACACUGUAGCACAGAAGAACUUUGACCCAGUCCUUCCACCUCUACCUGAUAACUUUGAUGAUGAUUUUGAUGAAGAAUCAGUGAAAAUUGUUCGACUAGUGAAAAACAAAGAACCCUUGGGAGCUACCAUCAGAAGAGAUGAGCAUACAGGAGCUGUGAUUGUAGCAAGAAUCAUGAGAGGUGGUGCAGCUGAUCGCAGUGGUCUUGUCCAUGUUGGAGAUGAACUAAGAGAAGUCAAUGGUAUUACUGUGCUUCAUAAACGACCGGAAGAAAUAAGUCAGAUUUUGGCUCAGUCUCAGGGGUCAAUAACAUUAAAGAUAAUUCCAGCUAUCAAAGAAGAAGAUCGUCUGAAAGAUAGCAAGGUGUUCAUGAGGGCGCUUUUCUGUUAUAAUCCCAAAGAAGACAGAGCCAUUCCUUGCCAGGAGGCUGGACUGCCAUUUAAGAGACGACAUGUCCUCGAAGUUGUGAGCCAAGAUGAUCCCACAUGGUGGCAAGCAAAGCGUGUUGGAGAUACUAACCUCAGAGCAGGCCUGAUCCCCUCAAAACAGUUCCAAGAAAGACGACUGACUUACAGAAGAACAGUAGGCGCUCUGCAGAAUGCCAGAACUCUGAAGAAACCAUUAU